UCUAUCAACAAUGCAAGACGGGGCUGUUUUUGUUUGUUCGUCCGUUUUUUCUCGAGCAACGACUUGGAAAAACGAAUAGUUUUCGCUGGACUCCGUUCCAAUGAGUGUCGGCCGCGUCUCGCGCCUGCCGCCGUUUGUGAUAGUGUAUUUCAAAAUGUUUCGGCAGUAAAGUGAUAAGAUUUUCAGUUAUUGUGCGAUCCGCAUACCGUUGAAACCAUGGCGGAAAAGUCUGGGAAACCUCCCCCGAAUGUUAUCGGUCUGAAGCCUGUUCCAAUGAAAUUAUUCGCAACUUGGGAAGUUGAUCGAACACCACCGAACUGCAUUCCUAGGCUGUGUUCGUUCACGCUUUCUCGACUGGUGGUGCUCAAGUCUCUGGGGGCCGAGCUGACUUCCAUCACUAUCGCGGUCAAGAUGCAGGUAAAGCUCCCGGGAUCCAAGCGCACCUUACGUUCCAAUGAAUUAGUUUUAACACCGAACGGACUGUUAGACACGGAGCUACAGCUUAACUUUUCCUUGCAGUAUCCACAUUUUCUGAAGAGGGAUGGCAAUAAACUUCACAUUAUGCUUCAAAGACGAAAAAGAUACAAGAAUCGAACAAUCCUAGGUUAUAAAACUUUAGCAGAAGGCAUCAUAAACAUGUCUUUGGUCUUACAGAGGCAAAUAGAUCUAGAUCUAGAUUUACUCAGUGAUAGUAAGGUAAACAAUGUCAUUGCUCGAGUUACUGUCAAUUCCUUAAAUAGUCAACCAGUGGAUCAUGACAUCAAACAAGCAGAUCGAACUGGUGAAUUUUCUGAUGAAGAUGAAGAGCUCAGCAGUAACGAAGAAGGCUCUGAUUCUGAGCCAGCUAUUGAAGAUAGGCGUCCUCGAAAGCCAAAAAUUCCAGUCAAUGCAAGACAACGAAAUUUGAAGCAAAAAUUCAUAUCGUUGCUCAAAAGAUUCAGAGUCAACGAAGAUUUACAAGCUCUAGAGGCAGGAAGAGAAACCAUAAGUCAUAAGUUAUCAGGGGGGGACAUGGACCCUGCAGAUAUCGAGGAUCUUUUUGAAGAGUUAGAGGAUCUGUCAGACAGCGGCCCAGAAGUUGAUACUAUGAGUAUAACCUCAACCCCAAAACCAUCUCUGAGACCUUUCUUCUCAAGUAGUCGCUCGCUGUUCCAAGGCCGAUAUCAUCCGAAAAAUUGCCACGCUUCAAAAGCUUCCUAUAGCAAUGCUUCGCAUCAGACCAACUCAGAAAAAGGAGGAGAGAGGCUAAGUGACGAAAGCUCAAAAAAGGCUGAUUCAGACUCACAUCCAGAAAAUUGGACUGAUAGUGACCCACCACCUCCCUCAACAUCGUCACCGCUAGCAUCUGAUGAGAAGAAGGAGAUCAAUGAGAAAAAGACUCGACUCUUCACACGAGAGAAAAAUGCAUCAAGUGGAAAAGGAAAAAAACAAUCCAUCAGUGAUAAAGUCGAUGUUAAAAAUAUGAACAACAACUGUGUCGUUGAUAUGACUUCCAAUAAUUUAGAGAUGAGAAAAGGUUUAUUAGAACAGCUUGGUCGGAUUCUUGGUCCUGAAGACUGGUUACCCGAAUCAGUGGUUUUAGUAAACGGAGCUGAUGCUUAUGGUUGUGUUCUCACUCAAAAACUAGUCAGUAGCUCUCUUAGAGUCAUUACAACUUCCAAUGCUGCGGAUAUUAAAGCUGCUGUGAUUGCCCUUGUCAAUAAAAUACAAAAAUGUUGUAUCACAAGUCCGAAGCCUCUGAGUGUCAUUAAAUUAAUACUUGCCGGAUCAGAUGGAUUUGUCAAUUUAGUUUUACGGAACUAUGUCGAACAGUUUUCUUAUAAACCUGUCGACUGGCAAAACUAUAUCAGAUUUUUAGUCAUUCCUUUAGGCACUAAUUUCCUCAGUAGGUAUCUAAGUAGCGUAGACUCUCUUUAUGGCGCCUUAUUCGUAAAUGAAAGCUGGAAGGAGGCUUUAGAGCAAAAUGAUGCAACCGAACUAAUCAGUAGGAUCUCUCAGUAUUUGAACGCAGCUCACACAGUUCAAUUUCCAAUAGCAGAAGCCAUGAUCACAUACAAAGAAAAGAGCUCUGAUGAGGAAUCAAGUCAGAUAUUCAUCCCUUUCAUUAAUGAUGUUCGCGUCGGUUCAUCUGAAGUUGUCCUAGAAAUUGAAGAUGGAGGCAAUUCCCCACCACGAACUCCACCUUCAUCUCCAAAUAUGAGCACCAAUUUCCAGCAAAGAGAAAACUUUGAGCCAGUAGAACUCCAGGUUGACUUUUGGUCAAGUUCCAGUAACUCUACCAAAAAUUCAGACUGUAAGCCAGACAAUAAGAAAAACGAUCAAGUUAAAUCUACUCUCAAAACUUCUUUCAAACACCUCCAAGUUUCGCGGUUACCUGCUCCUGGAGAUACACCUUCAUUCAACUUUACACUAUCGUAUUCAACCAAGGAGAAAAAGCAGAAAAUUAUGCGCCUUGGAAAGAAAAAAGAAAAGGAAAAAGAAAAUGAAAUUCGCAGUGUAGCAGUUGAUGGAAUUACUAGGCUCAUUUGUUCUCCAAAAACACAACAUGCCCCAUUAAAAGUCAUUAUAGAUGGUGCUGAUUGGUCAGGAGUCAAAUUCUUCCAGCUGUCUUCGCAGUGGCAAACACACAUAAGACAUUUUCCAGUCCUGCUCUUUUCGGAGAUCACUUAAGAUCUUCAAUUCUAGUCAUCAUCAAAGGAGCCAUUAGAAGAAGAUUUUUUCUCCAAGGGCUGGCAGUAUUAUUACCAAUUUUGUCUCUCCUAGCUUGUUUUUUUCUUUCAUUUUUCAAUGUUCGACAUGUGUCCCAAAUAUUCCAGUAGUUUAUGGCCUGUAAAUUAUUAAUAUGUAUCAUGCUGUCUUUGGGUCAGUGUACCUUCUUUUCUCUCUCGUUUUCAUUAUUACCUAUAGUUUUUUAGUAUUUUCUACCAAUUGUGAUUUUGGCAAAUAUUAUUUUUUUAUUUUCUCUUUGAAAUUUAUGUAUCAAUAGAUGAUUUAAUGAUGUGACCUCUCAAAUUUUAAUUUUGCAAGUCUGAAUUUUGAUAUUCACUACGCUAGGGGUUUUUAUAUUUUGUGUACACUCAGCUGAGCCUGUGACAGAAAGUAAUCUCAUUUCUCAGUUUCUCAUUUCAAAGGCUUUUCUUCCUCUAGAAACGAACCAACUUUGCAGACAGAAAAAUUAUAUUCCCGCCUAAGAUACAUUUCUUCCAAGCUCACUUCCAGUCUCACUAGUGUAAAUGAAGUUCCUUUUAUUUUAACCCUGUUAAACUAGAUAAUUCAACAGCCUGGUAAUCCAGUCUUGCGCUUUGUACACUACUUAUUCGGAAUAUCUAUGCGUUCUUCUCUCCUCCUUUCUUAUUUUUAGUACAGUCCUCUCUCGAUAAUUUGAAUCUCUAAAAUUUUUGAAAAAAGGAAGGAAUAAAAAGCAUUUUACUCCUCAAAAUUUUCAAAUACUAAACACAGUUUAGCCCCUUUACGAUUUAAAAUUAAGGGGAAAGUUUCCUCUUUAGUUGAAAUUACCAGGAGUGAAUGGGACUGUAUCUCUACUAUUGAAAAUUAGGCAACUCAUCCACUUUGCAAUUCAAUGUCGGUUGAUUUGACCUGUAUAUGUUUUUAAGUUACAAGGCCCAAUCUGCCUAAAAAACGUUUGAUUAGAUGAUGAGUUUUUAGUGUCUCAUGCUUUUUUGCAGUUUUGCAUACAUUUUAACAACAAGGAAGCACAAUUUUCUCAAUUCUAGGAAGGAGCGCAAAGUCAUUGAAGUGUUUUUUGGGAAUCAGCUAUCAGAGCUUCACAAAUUUUUACAAUUUAUCACUUCAAAUUUUUCAAAAAUAAUUUUUUCUUAAAAAUUAUGAUAAUUAAUCAAUGAAAUUUCUCAGCGCUCAUCUCCUUAUCCACAGCUUUACGUUCAUUGGAUCGCCCUCCGUAAUUCAACAUAUUUCAGCCAAACUUUAUCAUAUACCUAAUUAAAAUUCCAAAAAUCCAAACCGUUUCCUGAAGUUUGGAAUUAUCAAGAGAGGAAUAAUUUCUAUAUUGUACCCCAAGUUUUUCUGUGAAGAGAGCCAUGCAACUGACCAUAAGGGAAUUAGUAAUUAUGUAUUUUUGAAGUUAAAUUUUAAUGUAAACAUUUUGGUUGAGAACUUUUCAAAAAAUGAAGAAAAUUCAUCAGUCAUGGGUAUGUAAUAUUGAAUGCUCAAGAGUUUAAGGUCGAUGUAAAGUUGUGUGGAAAGUAUGUGUUUUACCUUUUUUUGGUGAUGAAGCUAAGCAUAUCAUUGAUGAGAAAAGACUUGUUAAAGGUAAACAGUUCCAAUAAUUUUUCUCAUUUUAUUUAAAGUAGUAUCCAGCAAAAAUGCUUCCUACCUUAUUUCUGAAUCAGUUGCUUCUAUUCAAUACUGUACCAUUUCAAAAAUUUUACAUUUGACCAUUUAUCAUGAAACAUCAAUUUUUAAUCUAAUUAAAAACUAUGGCUGACUUUAAAGGAUGUUUAAAAAAGUAACAGUAAUUUUGCAAUAUUUUUUUAAUGAAUUACAAUGAAGCAAACAAUAAAAUGUCAUGGCACUUGAACGCAGACGCAACAAAAGUAAAUCAGAUUAUGUGCGUAUGUCUUACUCUUUUAACUAACUCUUGCCUGGGGAAAAAAUCUUAAAAAUCAUGUGGAAAGAAUCAAUUCCAAUGGAAACUUGCGCCUACUGGGUUUAUGCUCACAAGCUGUUUACGAUAAAACAAGGUCAUCCUUUAUCAAUAUUCUGUAUAUCCUCAGAUAAAUCUCAAUCAGUAAGCAAAAAAUAAGUAAAGUGAUCUAGCCUCUAGUUGUUCGACAAUUUAUUUUUGGUGGAUGGUAAAAAAUAAAAAUAUUUUUGUCAUUAAUAUCCACUCGGAGAUCAACACAUUCUCCAAAUCUUGGACUGUCAAUUACGCAAUUAUGGACCGGCAAUCAAAGUUAUAAGCAAAACAAACUGAUUUGACCCAUGGCAAUGGCACUGAGAGACCUAGGUCUGCAUGUGGUCAGAAAUGAAUAUUGCCUAAGAAUUGACUACUUCUGGAGAAAUAGCAUAUUUCUUCAGUGGAAAUUUUUGAAAGUCCGGGGCAUUUACACAAAAAUCUUCAAAGAGAAGUUGAAAUCUUUAGUUAUCAUUUUACUGGAGUCUUCCUCAAAGUCAUUGCUAGAAGUAAAUUUGCUCAGGCCUUCUCUCUUUACCAACAGAAUUUGAGGAUACUUUCAUUUUCUGCUCGAUUUUUACUCAUGGAAAAAUUUCUCAGCAAAAAUUGAUGUACUUAUUCUGAUUUAUUUUCUAUGCUUGUUCAUAGUUCAACUGCAAACUGUUCAAAAAUUAUUGCGAAAAACUGGUUUCUUUUCAGUGCAUCCCUCUGCACUUGGUUUGUCUGUCUACGACCUAAUUUUCUUGUCCGCCUUUAAGAAGCACCAAUAGAAUUUCUCUCAAAAGUUCUAGUUUUUUUAAAGACCGAGGGUGGCUACCGCCACUCUUGAUCUUUACUUUUGAAUUGUUAGAGUAACUUCUGUCGUAUCAAUUUCAUUCAGAGUUUCUUUGCCUAUUUUUUUUUUUUUUCCAUAACAUUUAGAGAAGGCAAUAGGUUGCCUCAUCAGUUUUUACGUACGCCUUUUUUUAUACUUAAUCUCUUUCUCUGAAUGCUCGUCCAACCAAAGGAGGCCUCAAAUUAUUAGGUCUGGUUUGUCUUGAAAUCGUAUCCAAAAAUUUUAGUGAAACAACUGUGCAAUCCUCUUUAUUCUCUGUUCCCAGAGUUUCUUUUACUAUCAACCAAAGAAAAGUAUGAUGUUUUCAAUAUUUAUAUUCAAUUUGUUAGUUAGUGUAUUUAAAAUUUAUUAUAUUUUUAUUUUGUAUAUGCAUCUUGUGGGCUUAAUUUCUCGUGUGAUGAAUAAUUUGUAUUUCUUAUCUUGUGAAGGGAGGCUGCCAAGAAAGCCCAGUGGUUGGCCGAUCAACAUUUUAAGAUUAGAUGCUUUAAUCCGCCUCUUGUUUAGCAGUAUCUUUUUUCUUCUUCUUAUAUGAAGCCUUAUGCAUGAAAGGGAGUACCAUAUAGAAAAUCAGCCUAAUUAAGCUAAUAUGGCUUUUUCAGCAAAUUUGGUCCAAGUAUACGCAUUUUAAAUGAAGUACAUAAAAUGAAAACAAGCUCAUGAGCUUGUAGAGUCACUGAAUGGAUCCAAUAAAAUAGUUUCCAUCAAAGGGAGCUAAUUCAGUCAGAUUCAAAGAGAUCCUUGCAGUGCGUUCUCCGCAUAAUUUAAUUUCAGUAUGAAGUCAAUUUUGAGUGCCCUUUACAGAGGGGUUUUCAGGGUCAACUGAACACUACAUUUAAUUUUUCAUGUCUUUGUUUCUAUGCUGUUAGAAGUUAGAAGUUUUUCUCCACUCUAAUUAAGUUUGGAUUCGAUGGUCAAAGUGCGAAACUAUUGUGGUGAUUCAUAUUUUCCGCUCCCAUUUCAUUUUUUUUUUUGGAAAGAAACAAGUCAACGCUAUAGCUUGAAAUUUCUGCAGAAUAUUAUUCCCCUGACAGAAAACAGAAGUCAGGAAAUUUUCAAGAAAUUAUGUUGAAUAGUUUACCGAAGAAAAACUAAAAUAUGACUGGAAGUUUACAAAGUUGCGAACAUGGAUAUGUGGCUUUGCUUUUUGGUCAUGAUCCCUCUCUUCCUUUUUUGCAAUUGUUGUUGAAUGUUUCUUCAUUCAAGAAACUUCUCAUCCAAUACCUCAGAUAUUCUGACUAAACUUAAUGUGAAUGCAAUUCAUAACUUUCAAUUUUAAAGUGCAUCAAGAAGAGAGGGUCUGGAUCCAUUUUAAAUUCAUGUAUGUAUUGGAGAAUCGAAAUCAGCCUCCCGCACUGAAUUGAUUCAGUCGUGAAUUUUACAUGACAAAUCCUCUCAAAACUAAACUUUAGUCUCUGACUUUGCUAUGGGAAAAAUUGUAUUGUUGUAAUGUCAAGUCUUUUCUGCCCCUCCAAAAAAUCUCCAUUGAAAGUGGAAAAAAUUAAGAACACCUUUCGUCUCAAUGUUUAAUUUGUGAAGUCAAAAUGUAAUGUAUGUUCCAAAUCGCCAAGUAAAACUGAAUUGCUGGGGAUUUUAUUUCCUUUGGGGAAGAGAAAGGAAGAUUGGUUAAAGAGAACUGGAGUAGAUUUUUUCACAGGAAAAAAAGCAAAAAAUGAAAAAGACUUGCCAAAAUACUUAAAUAUUAGACAGCAAGAUGGUUUUUUUUUUUUUGGAAUUAAAAUCUUCCAGCUACCUUCCGUAAGUUUUGAAACUUUUCAUCAUAAGAGUGCCAUCAGCAGUUAAAUACUCAAUAGAUCAAUCCAAGCUUUUCCAAUUUAUUUUUUUUAUUUUUUAAUUUAGCUAUUUAAUAAAUUUUUAUUUAUUUGUGAUAAAACUUGUGUUCCAUUGAGCUAGUAAAAAUGUAGUUAGUCACUUAGUUUUGUGAACAAAUUGGACGUUUUGCAUCAUUUUUUAAUUGUAUUCAUCGAUAUGUAUUUCUGUAUAUAUUAGUGUUUGUAAGGUAAAUGUACUAAAAUUUUUAUAUGUUGAACAUCAAUUAAGCCAAGAGCUGGCAGCUUGUUUGGAACUAUAAAAACAAAAACAAGAAAUAUCACAAAUUCUUUCAUUAAAACAAACAUCACAUGAAUGUUUCUUCAUAAAGACA